AUGGAAUCAAGGGUCUGGUUAAUUACGGGUUGCUCUUCGGGGUUUGGAGAGCAAUUUGUUCGGCAGAAUAUUGCACGCGGUGACAAGGUGAUUGCAACCGGCCGAAAUGCGGCAACGAAACUGGAACACCUGAAAGAAACAGGCGCCGCAAUUCUGGACUUAGAUGUGACCAUUCCCGAGGAUGAAAUAUUUGCGAAAAUCAAAGAAGCCCAUCAAAUAUAUGGGAGGAUCGAUGUGCUUGUCAACAACGCCGGGUAUAUCGAAAGUGGUGCCGUGGAAGAUAUAUCGCUCGAUAGGGUGUAUCGAUCCCUAGAAACUAAUUUUUUCGGGUCAUUAAAAGUCACCAGAGCCGUCAUUGGUAUCAUGCGGGAACAGAAGUCAGGUGUAGUGGGAUUCAUUGGAUCUGUGGGCGGAUGGAAAGGGUACCCUGCAUCUCUUGCCUAUAGCCUCAGCAAAUUCGCUUUAGAAUGUGUUGCAGAGAAUCUACAGGUCGAAUUCGCUGCAUUAUUUGAGAACUGUGUACGUUUCAUUGUCUUUGAGCCAGGUUAUUUUCGCACUCAAGUCUUUGCGCCCACAAACGUCGUACUGCAACCGGCCAAUAUACCAGCAUACGAACCGUUUAACAAGGCAUUGGCCGAAGGUUUAAGUCAAGUACACGGAAACGAACCCGGAGAUUCGGUCAAAGGGGUUGCCCGUAUGAUCGACGUUCUGACUGGCACUGGUAUGGCCGCAGGAAAGGAAUUACCGCCACGUCUACCAUUGGGCACUGACAGUCUACAAGCCAUACGCGCCAAGUGUGAAGCCACAUUGAAACUAUGUGACGAGUGGGAGGAUCUUAUAAAAAGCACGGAUGUGGCGGCGGAAUCGAAGGAAUAA